AGGUGAGAAUCUGUUUGCCAUUAAACUCGAUUGAAUUGGGAAGUAUUUAUAUAGAUGUGAAAGGUGCUUGCAUGGAAUAAUGACAGACUUUAUGGAGAUAGCUUUGUGCUUCCUUCAAAAUGUCUACUGUUCAUGAAAUUCUGUGCAAGCUCAGCUUGGAGGGUGAUCACUCUACACCCUCAAGUGCCUAUGGGUCAGUCAAAGCCUACACCAACUUUGAUGCAGAGCGGGAUGCUUUGAACAUUGAAACAGCCAUCAAGACCAAAGGUGUGGAUGAGGUCACCAUCGUCAACAUUUUGACCAACCGCAGCAAUGCGCAGAGACAGGAUAUUGCUUUCGCCUACCAGAGGAGGACCAAAAAGGAACUUGCAUCAGCGCUGAAGUCAGCCUUAUCUGGCCACCUGGAGACAGUGAUUUUGGGCCUGCUGAAGACACCUGCUCAGUUCGAUGCAUCCGAGCUAAAAGCCUCCAUGAGGGGACUGGGGACCGAUGAGGACUCCCUCAUUGAGAUCAUUUGCUCCAGGACCAACCAGGAUCUGCAGGAAAUUAACAGAGUCUACAAGGAAAUGUACAAGACCGACCUGGAGAAGGACAUUGUUUCCGACACAUCCGGAGACUUCCGCAAGCUGAUGGUUGCCCUUGCCAAGGGUAGAAGGGCAGAGGAUGGCUCUGUUAUUGAUUACGAACUGAUCGACCAAGAUGCCCGGGAUCUCUAUGAUGCCGGAGUGAAGAGGAAAGGAACUGACGUUCCCAAGUGGAUCAGCAUCAUGACCGAACGGAGUGUGUGCCACCUCCAGAAAGUAUUUGAUAGGUACAAAAGCUACAGCCCUUAUGACAUGCUGGAGAGCAUCAAGAAGGAGGUUAAAGGAGACCUGGAGAAUGCUUUCCUGAACUUGGUCCAGUGCGUCCAGAACAAGCCCCUGUAUUUCGCUGACCGGCUGUACGACUCCAUGAAGGGCAAGGGGACGCGUGAUAAGGUCCUGAUUAGAAUCAUGAUCUCCCGCAGUGAAGUGGACAUGCUGAAAAUUAGGUCUGAAUUCAAGAGGAAGUACGGCAAGUCCCUGUACUAUUAUAUCCAGCAAGACACGAAAGGCGACUACCAGAAAGCGCUACUUUACCUGUGUGGGGGAGACGACUGAAGCCCGACAUGGCGUGAGCAUCCAGAAGUGGUGCUCCCCAUGCUUCCAGCUAACAGGUCUAGAAAACCAGCUUGCAACUAACAGUCCCCCCGACCCUCCCUUGAGGAUGACGUUAGCAUUGCCCCACCUUCUUUUAGUUGCCUAAGCAUUGCCUGGCUUUCCUAUAUAGUCUCUCUCAUAAGCCAAAGAAGAGAACAUUCCAAGAAGUUGGAAAUGAAGUCUACGAUGUGAAACACUUUGCCUUUCAUGUACUGUGUCAUAAACAAAUGAAUAAACUGAAUUUUUACUUUAGAAACA